CUGAUUUGGGUCAUUUUUAGUGGAUCCUCAUCAGCCCGAUCUGCACAUCCAGCCACCACUGGUAUUUCCGCCACGUAUCAGGUGCCCGCGUCUGCUUCCCUUGUUGGCAAGUUACCUGUGAAUCCUAACAACUCCGCUGUGGGUCCGAACGCCUCACCUCAAUUGAAGACACCGGCUGCGAUCGCACAGAUUCCGAUUCCUUUGCAGAAAUCUGGUUCACAAAUUUCGCAUGCACCAACGGAGCCAGUUAUCAAGGAGGAUGAAGAUGAGAGCAGUGAAUCAUCUGGUGGUGCGAAUGGUGUUACCACAAUCACGCAUCUACCCAUCAUCGGGGGCGCACCUGUAGCACAGAGCCCACUCCCACCAGCUGAGGAAGUUGCUCCUGAAAUGAAGACUUCGGUAUCUGUCACGCCCGAAAGAGAGCACAAGUUAGUUUUUUUUUGCAUUUACUGAGA